CAAAACCUUGACAGAGAGCAGGAGUCUAGCGGCAAAUAUAAAAUGUCUCAAAGGAUUGCCAAUUUAUUAAAAGGAUUUACGGUGGUGGCUGUCGCUUUCUUGGUGGCUCAAUCGUGGUCGGAGUGUAAUGUUUGCCAGUCUAAUCAAGUGGCCUGCGUAAACUCUAGUUCGUUUCACUUGUGUUUUGGUGAUGGUACUCCUCAUACGGAUCAAUUAUACCACUGCCUGGAUGGCUUCGAUUGUACCAACCUCUCGGCCAUUUGUGUGCAAAAAAGCAGUCAACGUCCUCCAAGUUGUGGUGACACCUCUAAGUGUGGCCAGUGCAGUGCCAGUGUGAACUAUCUAUUUGCCUGCCAGAGUCGGGGCAUCUUCCAGAUGUGCUAUGGAGCCACCAGACCCAUGGGAAAGUUCGGCUACUGCCCCACGGGCACCGUUUGCGACGCCACUAGCAAUGCGAUCUGUGUCGCUGAGGUCGCGAACCAAAAUGUCACCUGCGACCUCAAUGAUGACCUGGUGGACACUACAACAUCAGCUCCAACAACCACAGAAUCCACCACUAAUUCAACUAGUACUGACAGCACCACUGAGCCUAGCACCACGGAACCCAGCACCACAGAACCCACCACUACGGAACAAAGCACAACUGAGAUAUCCUUGACACCCACCCAAAUUUGUGCUCUUUACAACGCAACUGGGCUCUUUCCCAUGAUACCCUCGGAUGCCUACUGCCAACGCUACGUUAGUUGCUACUUAAAAAAUAAUGUUGUUAUCAAGGCGGCGGAAUAUAAUUGCCCUUCUGAUUCCUAUUUCGUAUCGCUGACUCAGAGUUGUGUCUACAUUAAACCUGGUUACUGUCUUUAAGGCUUGCGAAUUAAUAAUAAACCUUGAAAUACUCCU